AUAGGAGGGUCGGUAAACAGUUCGGUCACGGGUAUUUAAGCACGAGCACGCGUUUACAGACUGCACGCCGAUAUAUGUUUGUAUGCGUUCAACGUCGACAAACCCCCCAUGAGCAAUACGUUGUAGAUAACGAACUGAAAUCCCGUCAGAAUCCGCGUUUACGGUUUCAAUAUACUCGAAACAGUCCGUGUGGAGACAUAGCCGCGUGUGAAUCCCUUCGAGCCGAAUUGAAAAUGUUCCAUGCCCGUGAUAUACUUCCGAUGCUGAUUUGCACGAUGUGUUUAAUAUCCUAUUGUGCGUCCUGCUCCCCGGAUAUUGGACAGCCGCUGGACUUGAGUCAGUUUGCAGGAGAAUGGUAUUUCGCUGCUGGCACGCCAGUAAAUGUAAGCCUAAGUAAAUGCGGACGGUUCCUGGUCAGACAGACGUCGCCCAACACGUUUACGGUGAAAUUUACUGCGCUCAGUUACAAGAACGAUAUUCCUACCGUUUUUAACAUCGAUGGAAAUGUCAAUGGGAAUGAUAUCGUUGCAACUUGGCAGCUUCAAGGAUCGAAAAAGAGAUUAGGGCCUUUUCGUCACGUAAUAGCCUUCGUAAAAUACGAUACGGUUCUUGGGAUGCUGGUCUGUUACGAGUCGACGCAUCACCAGGGAUACAAGUUCGUCAUGAUUUGGUCCCGGGAGAGAAGCCUGCCUUUGCCGAUCUUGAAGGAACUCAGACAGCACUCCCGGAGAAUGAAUGAUUCAAGAAGGGUGACGCAGAAUUUACUCGUUGAGCUCAUGAAAUAUUCGGGUAACAACCAACUGAACCAAGAGCAUCAACACCUGCGGUCGAAAUGGUAUCUUGAAAUACUUGGCUAUACCAUUGCGGCUGGAGUUUCAGCCAUGACGCGAAUCACCAAUAAAACUGUCAUAAACGAUGUAUUCUGUUGGGAAAUAAGAUACUGCGUUGAAUAUUUCCUAAUCGAAUAACGAUAUAGCGCACGUCAUAUAAAUUCUAGAAUAUAAACAGAUUAAAUAAAAAAAAAAAUUUUUUAAUUAGACGAAAAUAAUAUUCUGAACUUUUUACUAUUAAUAAAUUCAUAUAGAAUUUUAGAG